UCUUUCAUCCAUUUAACAAACAAAACCCACCCCUGAGGGCCCUGAUCCCCUUUACCCCAUUACUCCCCAGUCUCCAUUACUGCAAUCUUUUCGCUAGCUCCUCCCUUACUCCCCACUUCCCCAGACAACCUGCAACCAAACCCUAUCUGCUCGCCCUUAACUACACCAAAUUCUGGUUCCUUUUGUUGUAAUUUUUCCCUCCGAACUUCGAACAUGACGAACCUUGCUAAAAAUCCAUCUAAGCUAUGGCUGUUCCUUCUAUUUCUUGUUGUCUCUGGCUUUCUCAUAGGAGACGCUACCGCUGAUUACUCCAUCGGUGUAAACUAUGGAACCCUUGCUAACGAUCUUCCACUUCCCUCCCAAGUCGCGGCCUUUCUCAAACAGAGCACCACCAUCGACAAAGUCAAGAUCUUCGACACCAACCCAGAUGUUCUCCAGGCUUUCGCUAACACCGGAAUUGCCAUCACUGUUUCCGUUGGUAAUGGCGACAUCCCUGCAUUGUCGAAACUUCCUGCUGCUCAAGACUGGGUCGCCACUCACAUUUCCCCGUUCCACCCACAAACCAAAAUCAACCGGAUCGCCGUUGGGAACGAAAUCGUGGCCACCUCUGACAAAAACCUCAUAGCCCAUCUACUCCCAGCUAUGAGAUCCCUCCACGCCGCUCUCGUAAAAGCUGGAAUCAAAGACAUUCAGGUGUCCACACCUCACUCUCUCGGCAUUCUUUCAACAUCCGAGCCACCGAGUACGGGCCGAUUUCGACGUGGCUACGAUCGAGUUAUCUUCGCUCCAAUGCUCCAGUUCCACAGGGAAACAAAAUCGCCGUUCAUGAUAAACCCAUAUCCAUACUUCGGCUUCUCCCAGAAGACGUUAAACUACGCACUCUUCAAACCCAACCCCGGCAUUCACGACAACUUUACGGGGAUAACGUACACUAACAUGUUCGACGCCCAGAUGGAUGCCGUUUAUUCGGCGAUGAAGAGAUUGGGUUACGGCGACGUCGAUAUCGUGGUGGCGGAGACAGGAUGGCCAUCCCUUGGGGACACGAACCAGCCGGACGUCAACCUCGAGAACGCCAUCUCGUAUAAUGGGAACCUCAUCAAGCACGUGAACACCGGCAAAGGGACGCCGUUGAUGCCUAACCGGAAUUUCGAGACAUACAUUUUCUCGUUGUUCAACGAGAAUCUUAAACCAGGUUCGACCGCCGAGAGAAACUUUGGGCUGUUCCGACCUGAUUUGACACCGGUUUACAACGUCGGGAUCAUGCGUGGACAGUCAGGAGGUCCGACGCCAACAACACCGUCGGGUUCGGGAAAGAAGUGGUGUGUGCCGAAAGCGGACGCGAGCGAUGGAGCGCUGCAGGCGAACAUCGAUUACGUCUGCAGCUUGGGAGUGGAUUGCAGGCCUAUCCAGGCUGGUGGUGAUUGCUUCAACCCCAACACCAUCAGGUCUCAUGCAUCCUACGCCAUGAAUGCUUACUACCAGACCUCCGGUCGUCACGAUUUCAACUGCGAUUUUGCCCACACCGGUGUUAUCACCUCCUUGGAUCCCAGUCACGAUACUUGUCGAUAUAUGUAUUGAGGUAGGAAGGGAGAUGGAUCCUAUUGACUAUUGUCGGGAAAAAGGUUUUGAAUUUUGAUAGCUAAAGUAUUAAUUUAAGUUAGAUGCUUUGUUUUUGUCAUUUGUGUUGUUAUACAUACAUGACUUGACUUCCCCUGUUUUAGGGGGGGAGUGUGGAUAAACAACGCAGCAUUUAGCAACGGCAAGGCUACCAUAUGUUAUUUAAUAUGAAAAAAUUGAAGGGAAAGUGACCUAUCAGUAUCACUGCUAGUUUUAUAAGUUGAUGGUAGUGCGCUGCCUUUGAGUUUUA